AGUGCAGCAGAAGUAGUUAAUGUGUAACUACAGGGAGGGGCAGCGCUGUGUGGAACCUGUGUCUGUAUCUGCCUGUUCGCCUGUGUCUCAAUCUACAGCUGUCUGAAGCAUACUUUACUUGUCUCUACUUUAUUUACUAUGCUAGUAAUUCGUCUGGAUAAUACAUCUUUGUGAAACAUUUACCCUCUGAAGUGGAGUAGUUUGUGGAUAAAUUAACUUGUUCUGACAUGGCUGACUACAGUUCUCAACAGCCAGCCUCCUCUAAGAUGGACUCAGUGCAGGGCCAAGUCAAUGAAGUUAAAGUUAUACUCAAAGACAACAUCAACAAAGUACUGGAGAGGGGAGAGAGAUUAGAUGACUUGGUUGACAAGACACAUGACCUACAAGCAACCGCAGACUCCUUUCAGAGGACAUCCACGCGGGUAGCCCGGAAGUACUGGUGGAAGAACGCCAAGAUGAUGAUCAUCAUUGGAGUGAUAGUUCUGAUCAUCCUCAUCCUCAUCAUCCUGUUUGCUACAGGUGUCAUCCCCAGUUAAAUUGCCUCACAGACUCCUACAGUACUACAUUCUCGCUAAAAGGAAUAGGAUGAACCACAAUCACCAACAGUCAUGUUUUGAAUUUGAUGAAACUGUGGUUUCAUUCUGGUCUUCUCCCCAAGGCUCAAGGUGGAUUAUGUAUAGUAUCGUGACAAAAUAUAACAUUUCACAUUAUGACUUCUGU